AUGCUGUGGCCGCGCGAGGAGUUCCACGCCGCGUACGGGCAGAUCAAGCACGACGCGCUGCAGUCGGGCGGCAGCUGCAGCGUGCUGGUGCUCGUGGCGCUGGACGUGGACGCGCUGUGCGCCGCCGAGAUCCUCACGCGCCUGCUGCGCGCCGACAUGCUGAGCUACUCGCUGCUGGCAGUGCGCGGCUACGAGGACGUGCUGCAGGCGCGCGAGACGCGCAUCCGUGGGGCCGACGGGACGCUGCGCGGCGGCGGCGAGCUGCGCUCCGUGGUGAUGCUCAACUGCGGCGCCAUCGUGGACGUGGCCAAGCUGCUGGCGCUGCCGCCGCACGUCAAGUGCUACGUGCUGGACAGCCACCGGCCCAUCCACCUGGCCAACAUCUACGACGAGCACCAGCAGGUCGUGGUGUUUGACGACGGGGCGCUGGCGCUGGAGGAUUACCCGGCGUUUGGGCCGGAUCUGGAGGUGGAGGACUUUGACGAGGAGGAAGAAGAGGAAGAAGAGGAGGAGGAGGAGGGGGAGGGGGAGGAAGAGGGGGGAGAAGAGAGUGAGAGCGAGGGAGAAGCGGAGGUGGAGUUCGGGACGGAGGAUACGCAAGACACAGAGACAGGAGAGGAGAAGGAGGAGAAGGAGACGGAGAAGAGGAAGAGAGACGAGGGAGAAACGGACGAGGACAUGGAGAGCAGCCCCAAGAGGAGGAAGGAGGACGGAGAGGGUGACGGUGAAGGUCAAGAUGAAGAGAAGGAAGAAGAGAAGAAGGAGGAGGAAGAGGUAAUUACAGUCGCUCAGGAGCCGGGGGAAGAGAGUGCUGUGAUGGCGAAACGACGUCGUCGCGAGGAGAUCUUGCGCUACUACCGUGGUUCGUUCCACGGCGCGCCUGCCGCGACGGUGGCGUUUGAGCUGGCGCAGCAGGUGAACAGCUCGCAGCGCGACCUGCUGUGGUUCGCGAUCAUCGGACUCACCAAGCAGUUCGUGCUGGAGGAGAUCGACGUGGACAACUACAACCUCAUGGUGGCCAAGUUCCAGGACGAAGUACUGGCCAUCGAUGCACCGACGCCGUCCAGCGGGCCUGGAGCAAACGGAGAGGAGGACCGACACCCGGGCUACGACGACGGCAAGAUCAGCUUUGAAGAAGAGUACCGCUUCAUGUGCUACCGCCACUGGUCGCUGUAUGAGGCCAUGUACUACUCGGACUACGUGGCCUCCAAGCUCGGACUCUACCAUGACCAGGCUCGGCGCGUUGGCGCUCGCAACGCUUCAGGUGACGGUGGAAACAGCGCGGGAGACACGGAGCUGCACAGGUUCUUGGCCCGCAUGGGCUUCUCUCUCAGGCAGAGCCAGCAGAAGUUUUCGUACAUGCCUCUGGAGAUGAAGCAGAUGCUGCGCGAGAAGACCCAGGAGAUGGCGCCAGAAUUUGGUCUGGACGAGCUCUUCUACGGCUCGUUCAAGCGCACGUUCGCCUUCCAGUACCAACUGUGCGCUGCGGAUGCUGUGUACGGCCUUCAAGCUCUGUUGGAGGCUCCCGAGAGCUACGUUGGCGCAGUUUUUGAGGCUGAGACGCAGCACCAGCAGCAGAAUUCCUUGACAAGACUUUUCUCGCUGGACUCGAUCAUGUCCUCUACCGUUGAGGUUGCUGAGAAGGAUGGCAAAGAUAAAGACGCAGACGCUGCCGAAGAAUCCCCUCAAGAUGACUUCCGGCAGCAGAACUUUAUGCUAGCACACACAGCUCUCGCGUGCCAGUCGGUGACGUCCAGUAAGCUGAUGGAGAGUGGCAUCAAGGUGGCCAUGUCGCUCAAGCAGGCCAUUGUCCGCGUGGGGCUGUCGAUUAUGGAGCGCAAGCUGCUUGUGCGUGUCAAGCACUUCCGUUACGUGUGCUUGAACGUUCCUGAGCGGGAGCAAGAGCUCUUCGCUAACGCCAACGUGCUCACCCAGCUAGCACUCUUCUUGCUCAACGUUCACCGUGCAAGCGGCAAGUGGGGUGGACCCAACGCUCCCGCCCGGAGGAAACCGCAGGGUGAAGACGGCGAGAAUGGCGAAGACGGCGACGCAGAGGAAGAGGCUCCGGUGGCGAACAAGAGCAUUGUCCCGUUGUUACUCAUCACGCGCAACCCGGCCCAGAACUGCUUCCUUGUCGUUGGACUGACGUGCCCCUCCACGCCUGGUGAGAUCCACCGAAACACGCUUGGUACGGCGUUCAAGUUGGCUGCGGGUGAAACAGGCGCCAACUUCCGACAGGACGGCUUCACGAGCGCCGUGAUGGAAAUUCAGAUCGACGAGAUCCAGUACUUUGUCGAGCAGCUCCACAACGUGCUGGACGCUUAA